UGCCAGUGACUUUCCACGUCCCCCAGCCUGUGGUCCAGCGCCCGUUCCCUUCUAGGCCCUGAAUCUUCUUCCCUCUGGAGACCACCUGGUGCCCAUUUUGUAGCUGUUUCCUUGUGCCCGGAACCUACACUUCAGGGAACAGCGAGGCAAAGAAAACCAACAGAACCAUGACGACUCCUUCUGCUGCCUUUGAGUCCCUUAUGACUGGAGUGACAAGCUGGGAUAUCCCUGAGGAUUCUGUCCCAUGUGAACUGCUUCUUAUUGGAGAGGCUUCAUUUCCUGUGAUGGUGAAUGACAUGGGCCAGGUCAUCAUUGCUGCCUCUUCCUAUGGCAGAGGGCGCAUGAUCGUACUAGCUCAUGAGGACUACUUGGUGGAAACCCAGCUCUUUGUCUUCCUUGUCAAUGCUGUGGGAUGGCUCCGUUCCUCCUCUAAGUCUCCCAUUGGCAUACACCCAGCAUUAGAACCAUUGGUGAAAAUCCUGGAGAGUUGUGGAAUAGACUCACAAAUUGAACCUGAAGUCAAUGACUCCCUGGGAGUUUACUGUAUUGAUGCCUACAGUGAAACCAUGGCUGACAAACUAGUCCAGUUUGUGAAACGCGGAGGGGGCUUGCUCAUAGGAGGCCAAGCCUGGGAUUGGGCUAACCAGGGCGAAGAUGAAAGAGUUCUGUUCACAUUUCCUGGGAAUCUGGUGACCAGUGUAGCUGGUGUGUACUUCACUGAAAUUAAAGCGGACACAAGUUUCUAUAAAGUCUCUAAGAAGAUGCCUAAGAUCCCUGUCUUAGUUAGUUGUGAUGAUGACCUCUCAGAAGACAGAGAUGAACUUCUGCAUGGCAUCUCAGAGCUGGACAUCACCAACUCGGACUGUUUCCCAUCCCAGCUUCUAGUGCAUGGGUCUUUGGCUUUUCCCUUAGGGCUAGAUACCUACCAUGGCUGUGUGAUAGCCGCUGCCCGCUAUGGCCGGGGAAGAGUGGUUGUAACUGGUCAUAAGGUUUUAUUCACAGUGGGUAAACUUGGCCCAUUUCUGCUCAAUGCUGUCCGCUGGCUGGAUGGGGGCCGCAGAGGCAAGAUUGUGGUACAGACAGAGCUGAGAACACUAAGUGGUCUACUCGCAGUAGGGGGUAUAGACACCAGCAUUGAGCCCCAACUGACCAGUGAUGCAAGUGUCUAUUGCUUUGAACCCACAAGUGAUGUAGAUGUUAAGGAGCUGCAAGAGUUUGUAGCAGAGGGUGGCGGGCUGUUUGUUGGAGCCCAAGCCUGGUGGUGGGCCUUUAAGAACCCAGGAGUGUCCCCUCUGGCUCGCUUCCCAGGAAACCUGCUCCUCAACCCUUUUGGCAUCAGCAUCACAAGCCAAAGCCUCAACCCAGGCCCCUUCCGCACCCCUAAAGCAGGAAUAAGGACCUAUCACUUCCGUUCCACCCUGGCAGAGUUCGAAGUGAUAAUGGGCAGGAAGAGAGGGAAUGUGGAGAAGGGCUGGCUAGCCAAGCUGGGACCAGAUGGGGCAGCUUUCCUUCAGAUUCCUGCAGAGGAGGUCCCUGCUUACAUGUCCGUGCACCGACUCCUGCGGAAGCUGCUGAGCCGCUAUAGGCUCCCAGUGGCAACCCGAGAGAACCCUGUAAUCAAUGACUGUUGUAGGGGGGCCAUGCUUUCCCUGGCCACAGGUCUGGCCCACUCUGGAAGUGACCUCUCACUACUAGUCCCAGAAAUUGAAGACAUGUACAGCAGCCUCUAUCUGCGCCCCUCAGAGUCUCCCAUCACCGUGGAUGUCAACUGCACCAAUCCAGGCACGCGAUACUGCUGGAUGAGCACCGGACUCUACAUACCCGGAAGGCAAAUCAUAGAGGUCUCCUUGCCUGAAGAUGCUGCCGCUGCUGAUCUAAAGAUACAAAUUGGCUGUCAUACUGAUGACCUGACCAGAGCCAGCAAGCUUUUCCGAGGCCCCCUUGUGAUUAACCGGUGUUGUUUGGACAAGCCCAUGAAAUCCAUCACCUGCCUCUGGGGUGGUCUCCUUUAUAUCAUCGUGCCUCAGAAUAGCAAAUUGGGCUCUGUGCCCAUCACUGUGAAGGGGGCUGUCCGUGCUCCAUACUACAAGUUAGGGGAGACAUCCCAGGAAGAAUGGAAGAGGCGUCUCCAGGAACAUCCUGGUCCAUGGGGAGAGUUAGCCACCGACAACAUCAUCCUGACUGUGCCAACUGCAAAUCUUCGAGCUCUGGAGAAUCCUGAGCCACUGCUCCGCCUCUGGGAUGAAGUGAUGCAGGCUGUGGCGAGGCUGGGUGGUGAGCCCUUCCCUUUGCGUCUGCCUCAGAGGAUUGUGGCUGACGUACAAAUCUCAGUCGGCUGGAUGCAUGCCGGGUACCCCAUCAUGUGCCAUCUAGAAUCAGUGCAGGAGCUCAUCAGUGAGAAGCUCAUCAGGACCAAGGGGCUGUGGGGCCCUGUGCAUGAGCUGGGCCGCAACCAGCAGAGGCAGGAGUGGGAGUUCCCACCACACACUACUGAAGCCACCUGCAACCUAUGGUGUGUUUAUGUGCAUGAAACAGUCCUGGGAAUACCUCGAAGCCGUGCCAAUAUUGCCCUGUGGCCCCCUGUUCGGGAAAAGAGAGUCCGAAUCUACCUAAGCAAGGGGCCCAAUGUAAAGAACUGGAAUGCCUGGACUGCAUUGGAAACAUACUUACAGCUCCAAGAGGCCUUUGGUUGGGAGCCGUUCAUUCGCCUCUUCACGGAGUACAGAAACCAGACCAACUUGCCGACAGACAAUGUCGACAAAAUGAAUCUGUGGGUGAAGUUGUUCUCCCAGCAAGUGCAGAAGAACCUGGCUCCAUUCUUUGAGGCCUGGGCCUGGCCCAUCCAGAAGGAAUUGGCUACCAGCCUAGCCUAUCUGCCUGAAUGGAAGGAAAAUAUAAUGAAAUUGUACCUCCUCACACAGAUGUAAGGAGUGCCCAUCGAGGUGGCAGGCCCCACUGAAACCGAAGACAAGGAAUACAAAAGAGAAUUGAGACAUUGAGACACUCAGCAAAGAAAACUAAAAGAGCAUUUGGUUGAAGAAGAUCGCAACAAAUUUCUGGAAGAGAUAAAGUAAAUGAAGCUUGCUAAUGAAUGGGAAAUAUGAAGGCACGUUUCAGACAGAAUACACUGAUCUGACCAUCGUAACCCCAAAGAGACUUGAACACUAGAAAAGUCUAGCUACUAAAUAAUUGUACCAGUUGUAAAUUGAUCCCCCCCCCAUUCUACCCUACCCCAACCCUUGUACAUAGAACACAGAAAAUCUACCAUUGGUACUAGUGAAGCUGUUAUUGUUGUUUGAAUAAAGGAAUCAAAUAAACCACCUGAAGAGAGGGAAGAAUUAGUGUUCCAAAGAAUACUCUUUUCAUGGAAAUAAGUGGCCCCCUAGCCUUUUUGUUAAUUUUCUUCUGAGAUGUGGGACUCCUGUUCACAUACCCAGGGCUUCUAGUCAUAGGAGAGAUUUGCUGGAGAAACAGGAGUUCUUUUAAAAGACAAUAGUUAGCACGGUUCUUAAUGUGGACUUUCUGACAGGAAUUCCAUGCAUGGAAGGAACCCAGGGAGACUCCUACCAAAAACAACAACUUAGAUGUAAAAAGAUUUAAAAAAAUAUUAUAAACUUAAGGAAACAAAAUUCACAAAGAAAAAAAUUCCUUAAAAAUUUGGCCAUCUCUCCAGGGAGAUCUGAAGGGCAUUUGUAAGAUAAUAUACAAAGGGAAAUUUUUGAACAUUUUUAAAGCAAAAUAAGACUGCCAAAAAAGUUCAGUAGAUAGGCUGGAAAGUGAAAUAGAAUGAAUCUCCCCACAUACGCAACAUGAUGAAGUAAGAGGAAGGAAAGAAAGAAAUCGACAAUCACUGUUUAACCACUGUGAGUUCCCAGGAGACAGGACAUAGAUAGCAUGGAUAAACAGAGAAGAAGAAAGUCUUGAGGAACACUAGAAUGAGGGACCCAAUGCCAACUACAUCUAAGUACAGUGCUAAGAAAAAAGGAAACAGUAGGGCUAGAACAUAUUCGAAGUGCCCAGAGAAAGGAAAACAGUCGAGCCAAACCUGGAUGAGAAGUGUCUGGCAACUUCAGCUGUGGUGCUGAAAGCUAGAAGUCAAGGAGGCAGUGGAUUUACUUUACUUUUGAAAAUGCUUGUUUCUGAAACUCCAUAUGGGUCAGAUUGUCGAGAGUAAUGUAGAAUUAAAGAUUGCUUUUGGCAGGUGAGUUUUUAGAAACCCUCUUUUCCUCCUGUGCUCUUAUUAAGGAAAUUUUUCCAAAAAAAAAAAAAAAGAGGAUUAAAGUCCCAAAAAAGAAGGAAAGUGGUCCUAGACACCGGUGGACCUCACCCAGGAUGUCUUAGUCUGGAGUGGGAGUUAUCUAAUAGACCCAUUUUAGAAAAAAAAAAAAAAAAAACAACCAUUGGGCUCCGAGAAGAAUGUGCCAGAGUAGUUCUGAGUAAAUGAGGCAUUUGGAGAUGUGGAAGACAUACAGUCUUCUAUCACCAAAAAAAAAAAAAAAAAAAAAAAAAAAAAAAAAAAAAAAAAAAAAAAAAAAAAAAAAAAAAAAAAACGUCAAGAAACUUAGGCUCAGCUGUGUAGGGAGAUAGAAUGGGGUAGGAUUCUGAAUGGGCUAUGAGAAGGGACUUGAUUGGCCAUUGGGAGCAGAUAGAUAAGUUUUGUUUCCAGUGAAACAGGCAUAUGACAUUGGGAGUGUAGAAAUAUGAAUAUCUGUCCACCUAUCUCGAUAAAAACGUAUUUUCUAGCCAAAAUAAUGUAGAUGCCAGUUAUAGGUCUUUAGUGUUCUGAUCGCCUAGGAACAAAGCCUAGAAGAACAGAACAGAAGUGGGAAGUGACAUUAUCCUGCUGAGGGGCAGCAGAGUGGAGGCUGGAUUCAUCGGGAGAGGAGUAGAGGGAAGAGCGGGGCUACUUGAAUAUUCAAAGUGGGGGUGAACGCAAACUGUUCAAUUAAUGGAACACAGCUAUAUGGUCAGUGCUAAACAUUAGACCCUCAAAAGAAUGAAAAAUGACAUAUGUAUUAAACAUUUGGAGAAAGGCAGGUAAGGGAAAGGUGGAGAAGAUGUAUGUUAAAUCCUUAUCUUUUGUAAUGGUGAAUUAUUAAAGAUUGUCUAAAGUUAAUAAGUCAAGAGAUUAUUGUUCAAACAUGUUAUUUAAAGGUAGGAAGCUAGCCACCAAGAAGAUCCAAAAAAUAGAUAUUGUUAAAAAGCAUCUGGGAAAUGGGAUUAGAGAAGGGGGGUGGGGUGGGAACUGUGUUUUCAUUUCAAGGUCCUCUGUAUUAUUUAAUUUUUUACCUUGUGCAUGUAUUACUUGGAAAAGUUUGUAAUAAACCAAAAUAAAACAUCCUUCAGAGACUUCA